AUGGAAAACGAUAUCGAUCUGCGGAUGCUUCAACGUGAAAGAAAGAAAUAUAAACGACUACAAAAUCAAGAAAAACCAUUAAACCAUCAUGAAUUUCCACAAGUUUUUAUCAAAGCCCUGCAAGAAAAUUCAUCUAUUCCAGACGUUACCGUAGCAGCAGAAUCUCCCGAUUCGCAUAUGGAGGUUCAAAGCGACAGUGAAAUAGAGGGGAAAUACAUAUGCAUCAAAUGUCGACAACAACAACAACAAGACAAACAAAUGACGUUCGACAAAAUGACAAUGGGCGACGUAUCCCACAGUGUUUUAGCCGUGGCGUUACAGUUAAAUGAGACUAAAGAACAGAGAAGACAACAGAAACGUAAAAGUGAGAUAAAUGAAAUCAUGGAAAGAGUGACCGCAGCUCUUGAACGUUCUGGUUUGGGUAGUGAAGAUAAAGACGCGCUAUACGUCGGAAAAUUUGACGUUGAUGGAGAACGAAGAAAGCGGAAAGACCGUGAAUGCAUUUUUGGAGGAUUCUCAAAGUAUGAGAAUUCAAACGAACACAAGACCGCUUUGAUACAAGAAAUGGCGGAUUGGAUGGAUUUAACUGCAAGGGAGUUAGAAUCACUUUUUAAGUUUGUCGAAAAGCUAGGAUAUCAUGUACCAAGCGAUGAACACUUUGAUCGGACAAACCAAGCUUUUAUUAAAUCAGCAGAAACGAUCGACCGUUUAGUUGAAUUACUACAACGCCGAAAGCAAAAUGCGUUACUUCGUAAGCCCAGAAAGACCAAGGCAAGAAAAGUACCGUCUAACGAAAGCGAUAUUGAAAGCGUUGGGAAGUCCGAUAUUGAUUCAAAAGCUUCAAGCGAAAGCAUGUCAUCUGACUCGGGUAAGAUUAUAGGGAAAAGGAUGUUUAACGAGAAGGAGCUGGCAGAUCAAAAAAAUUUGGAACAAGCAAUUAAGACAGUGAAAACCGUAUUUGAUUUAGGAAUUCGGUCGGGGGCAUCUUCGGAAGUUAGGAGACAUUUAAAGCUCGGUUUGAAACAAUUUAAAGAGCUUUCUUCGAUUCUCAAAUGGUUUAGCGAAAACGCACGAGAAAUUGAAAUUAAAACGAAACAAUUAUUCGCUGAAAAGAACAAUAUGAAAAUGCUCGAGCAAAAGCAAAAAGAAGACAACCACCUGAUUUCCAAACUCACCAAAGAAAAUCAAGAGCUUGGCAAUGAACUGGUUUCUUUACGAGAAGACAUUAAAAAGCUGGAACGAUCAAAGGUCGAAAUUUCACCUUCGAAAAAAAGCAACACACACGUCCCAACACUGCUACCACCGGAAGAAAAAAUAGACCGCAUACCAUCAAUAUCCAAAAAUCAUACGGCAAGUGCUUCCAAUUUAAGCAUACAUGCUGCAGGAAGUGGAAGUGUAGAAAGUAUUUUUUCCAUCAAAUCAAGUGCAGCUGGAUCACAGAACGUUCUUGAUAACGACUUCGUAUCAGAUAAUUCUCAAGAAACGUUGAAUAUAACAACCGAAUCGAGUUUUCAGAACAGUCAGUUACGAAAGGAAAUUGAACUGUUGCAGAAACAACUUAAUGAGGCACUCGACAACAUUCAACGUCGCGACGACAAAAUUCAACACUUGUCGAAAAAAACAGCCGAUGUCGAAAAUGAAGUGAAGAAUACCAAAGGCAACGUUACUGGUGGCCAGGAGUCUAAACUCCAAGAUAUAAAAGUGACACAGUUGGAAACACAGCUGCUCAAGCUACAGGAGGAAUUUGUGGAAAAAAAUAAAGAAUUAAUUGAAAAACGAAAAGCAAUGGAGAAUCUAGAGGAAAGACUGCAGCAUAUGAUGGAAGAAAAUAGGGGACUAAAAGAAGAAGCAUUCGAAAAGCCUAAAUUGAGCUUCCAUUUGAAGGACAUGCCCAGAGAUCAACUUAUUUCAAGAAUGAAGGCGCAAUCUGAAAAGGAACUACAGAAGUUAAGAAAGUACAUUAUCAAGGAGCAACACAGGUUUCAAGCGAACUUAAGAAAAACUCAAAUUGAACAUGGACGAUAUGUAGACGCCUUACACAAUGAAAAGGUCCAAAUGCUAAGAGCUUUAAAAAACUUUAAACAUGUGAUUACACAUCUAAUACACCAGGAAGACCUAGAGGUGGAUGAAGAAGCUGAAGGAAGGAUAGAAAGCUACAGGAAAUGCAUAGAUGAAAACAGAACGACAUCAGAAACUGUGAUGGAAACGCUAAUGUCGAUAGAGAACAAUCUAAAUAAAGCAUUGCUGCAAAAACGUUUGCUUGUAAAGCAUGCCAACUCGUUUAAGGUAAGCAGCGAGAGAAGCGCUGAACAGUAUCGCCUUCGUUUACAGAGGGCCACAGAUGCAUGUAAGGAGAAUGAAAAGAUCGCGCAACACGCGAUUAAACGCACAAAAACGUUGACAACACAAUACGAUAUACUAAAAGACAACAACAACACCCUGCAGAAGGAAAUCGCACCAUGUAAAGAACUCCUGCAGAAAUACCAGUGUUUACAGAAAGAGAUGGAAAGAUUAAACGUGGAGAAGAAAGAUAUAACGCAAGAAACGAAAGAUAUGAUGAAGCAAUUUCAGCUCGAUAGAAAUCGACUGAAACAAGAGCUAAACAAAUUAAAUUUAGCACAAAUUCGUCAAAUGGAUAAGGUUACUCAUCCCUGGAAGGGAAGUACUUGCAAUGAAAAAAUAAUUCUCCUGAAUGAAGCGUUUGAAUCAAACCGUAUAUCUGCAGAUGUCCAAGAAGCUUCCACCGAAAUUUUAAACCAAGCUAACAAGCUUUCAAAUCAAUAUUUCGCUGCAAUGGUACGUCAAUACACCUCAAUAAAACGACAAAAAAAGAUUGUGAGUGCCAUCAGAAGCAUGCAUUACAAGAGUGACAGCGAUGAAAAGUUUAAACGAUACAUUGCAGGUGCUGAAGCAAGAUACCAAAGAAUCCAAUUGCAAUGGCAAAAGCGAAAACAAAAAUUGAAAUCUGAAAAAGAGGAAAUGCUGCUAAAUUGCAUGAAUUUACUACGCGAGCAUUUCCAUGGCGAUUUAGCUGUUGUACCAUUCUCGUUACUUAAAAAUAAAACGCAACGAAUUCACAGCGAUGAGAAAUCGACAGCAGUUCUGAACGCAAUAAAAGCACGCAAAACCGAAACAGUUGGUAAUGUUAUUGGUCAAGCGCUUACGAAUGAAAAUAGUAACACAUCGUACUGGAAAAUGCCACCAGAUGCAACACAACAAUACAUUAAAAUGCACACACCUAAAAUUGUCGAACUUGAUGUUAACAGUUGGAGACGAUCACUAAAAGCGCAAUUGACCAAAAGACAAACACAUUUACCAUCCAUAGCAACUCUGUACCCUUAA